AUGGAUAUUGGCGAUGUGCCAAUGAUUGAGUUUGGCAAUACCGAAAGUCAAGACCAAGUACAGCAGGAUUUAACCUUUGAUGCUCAAAACCAGUGUGGCAACGAAGGCCGUGAUUCAAGAUGGUGA